AUGAGGAUUAUUUCUGUGUUUCUGGUUACUUACGUUCCAAUACAUGGCCAACUUAUUCCGGAACCGACGAGACCAAUUGAUUUGUGGAACCCGUUCGGUCCAACUUCAACCCCUCGUCCAAAAAACCAAGGCCUUUUGUCGGAUGAAGCUGCAGUGCGAUUAUCAAUCGGUGACGUAAUUGGGAAGAAAAUUUUGCUACAAAACUUGCCAUGGACACCUGCUCAGGACCCUUCAGAGCAACUACCGCCUCAGCGAUCGCAUUUCGAACCAAACCCACUGCCGGCUAGAAACAAUGUGUCGAUAUAUACUUUUCUCGGAGUUCCAUAUGCUGAACCACCAGUUUCUCAACGACGUUUGAAGCCCCCUCAAUUAAUCCGGGAGUUGCCGUCGAAACCGUACAUGGCAUUCCAGUAUGGAGCUACCUGUGCUCAGGAUGUAGAGUAUCGUCCCCAAAUUUUUGUCAACGAUCCCUAUCCGUUUAUUGUCAAUGAAGAUUGCCUUUACUUGAACAUUUUUACUCCGGAUGUGUCGAAGGUGUCUGGCAUGGUCUAUCCUGUACUUGUUUUCUUCCAUGGUGGUAAUUUCCAAACAGGAUCAGCAAACGAUUGGCCAGCUCAUGGUUUGGCGUCGCGUGGUAUGGUCGUUGUGACUGCGAAUUAUCGCCUCGGUGCACUAGGCUUUAUGAGUCUUGGCGAUUCGACGACUGGAAACUAUGGUCUGAUGGACCAACGAUUAGCUUUGCAGUGGGUGCGCGAUCAUAUAUCAUCGUUUGGAGGUGAUCCGCAAGCGGUGACACUGGCUGGACAUGAUGCUGGAGCUGUUUCUGUUGGGAUGCAUAUGCUCUCACCUUUAUCUAAAAGUCUCUUCCGAUCAGCGGCAGUGAUGUCUGGCGCGGAAGUCUCAUAUCAUUCCUACAUUGGGAAGCCAGCGCUGGCGUUCAAUAACACUAUUAAGUUAGGAAGAUAUCUAGGAUGCACACAGUCUGUCGCUUACGAUGUUUGGAAUUGUAUCCUCUCGCGGUCAACAAAUGACAUUGUGCGAGCUACAACCGAUAUUCCUAUUGAAUACAAUCGCUACCUUUUUCUGCCAGCUGUGGAUGGAACGAAUAUCCCUGGAAAUCCGUUGUGGAUUUUAAAUAAUGCUCCUACUGGCUUGUCGGCUAUUCCAAGCUCAGUGCCACUUCUGAUUGGAAUGAAUGCACAAGAUGGCACAGAGGUGAUACUCGAAGAUCGGCUUCUAGGCGAGUUCAACUCUUUCAAUAACGUUGACCAAGAAUACAUGCGGAGUUAUGCAUUGGAAUAUGCGUUUCGCCACAACUACAGUAUGAAUCGAGAGGCGAUUGUGGAGGCGAUUAUCGACCGUUACACCUUCUGGCCUGAUCCGUCGGAUGAAUGGGCUGUUCGUAACGGUUUCAUCCAAUUCGCUACUGAUGCGUACUACACAGCGCCAAUAAGUCUGUCUGCACAUCUACACUCGGCUGCUGGAUCCCGCACCUUUAUGUACGUGAACAACUACAAUCUGUCGAGAACCGGAUUUAUACCAGGGUGGAUGGGAUCAUGUCGGGAAUGCGAUCUCUACCUUCUAUUCGGUUAUCCACAUAUGCCCGACGAUCUUCGUCCGUAUCACUUGCGAGGUGUUAAUUUUACUGAAAUGGAUAGAAACGCCAGUCAACUGUUUUCCAAUAUCUUUCGGCGCUUUGUGUACCACCAAAAUCCGAAUUUUCUGUAUGAUGGCUCUUGGUCUGCCUUGGAACCUCGCCGACACUGGUAUAUCAAUUUCAACUACUCUCAUUGGUCUGAGAUGUCGAUUCCCGGAAAACUUGAAAGAGAUUAUCUUUACACGGAAGUAGCAUUCUGGAACGAGUACCUUCCGGCUCUAGUCAACUAUAUGACCACAACGUUUCCACCAUCGGAGGUGUCCGUUAGACGUCAACUGAUGGUGUUUCAGUGGGUUGUGGCGAUUGUAGUCGCGUUUUUGUUGUUAUUUAUUGUCUUGACGGGGAUAAUGGCACCGCCAAAGACCGUCAAGAAGGGUAAGGUCUCCAAGGCACUAGAUGCAAAGAAGAAGGUGGUAAAAGGACAGCAUACUGUUCACAAGAAGAAAAUCCGCACUUCUGUACACUUUCGCAGGCCGAAGACUUUGAAGACUCCUAGAAUUCCCAGGUAUCCUCGUAAGUCUGCUCCAGCUCGAUGCAAGCUUGAUUCUUUCGCUAUCAUUAAGCACCCACUUACGACUGAGUCAGCUAUGAAGAAGAUUGAGGAUCACAACACACUCGUCUUCAUCGUUGAUGUACGAGCUAACAAACAUCAGAUUCGCGCCGCAGUUAAAAAAUUGUACAAUAUCGAGGUGCAAAAGAUUAACACACUCAUCACCCCUCUUAUGGAAAAGAAGGCGUACAUACGUUUGACAACCGAUUAUGAUGCGUUAGAUUGCGCCAACAAAAUUGGAAUCAUAUAA